AUGCCCCGCACGCUCCGAAUUGCUGCUGCGCAGGUAGGCGCCGUACAUCGCGGAGACGCUCGCCAAGACACUCUUGCUCGUCUUGUUGUAUUGCUCGAGCAAGCGGCUUCACAACGCGCCCAAGUGGUUUUAUUUCCAGAAUGCGCAUUUACAACCUUCUUCCCGCGUCAUCUCUUUACCGAUCGACAAGAGCUCGAUGCCUUUUUCGAGCAUGGCGACAUAUGUACCGCAAAAAACACCAGGGCAAUCUUCGAUAAGGCCAAAGAGCUAAACGUGGACAUUUGCAUUGGUUUUGCAGAAGCAACAGAACAGAGCGACCAUUACAAUUCCUGCGUCUAUUUCCAUGCCAAGUCUGGAUCUAUCCUGUCCAAGUACCGCAAAGUUCAUCUACCAGGAGACGUUGAGCCGUUUGCAGACCCCGAUGCAGUCAAUCAAUUAGAGAAGAGAUAUUUCAAGCCAGGAAACCUGGGCUUUCAAGCGUUUCGCGUUCCAGACCUGACAGAAGGCCCGUCGGCGCAAGGCGAGCCGAUAUUUGGCAUGCUGAUCUGCAACGAUCGGCGCUGGGCCGAGGCGUGGAGAAGCCUUGGUCUGCAAGGCGUCGAGGUAGUUCUCACAGGAUUCAAUACACCGGGAUUUGCGCCGCAUAUGUGGGGCACGUCUGUCGAGUCGAAUCCCCAGGAAGCGCGUGCUGAGGCAAUCUUCCAUCACAAGUUGGUUAUGCAAGCACAUUCGUACACUAAUUCUUGCUUUUCGGUCAGCGCAGCAAGGUGUGGGUUGGACGACGGAAAGUACGAUCUCAUAGGAGGCUCGACUAUUGUCGGGCCCGACGGAAAGAUCAUAGUGGAGAGCAAGACCGAAGACGACGAAGUGAUUAUCGCAGAUUGUGAUCUCGAUCGGUGCUUGCCAGGAAAGAGGCGAACAUUUGACUUUGCUAGACAUCGACGGGUAGAACAUUAUGGCUCUCACCAUCACAAUCUACCACUAGCAACCCCAGCCAACGGUAUGGAAUGUGUGUCUGGACCCCCUUCGUCCCGCCAACUACGUAUUCUCCUCUGCAACCCCAAUGCUACGCCCUCUAUGACGCACGCCUGCCUGAAAAUGCUCAAACUCACUCUGCCACCCGAUGUCACCGUCUACGGCUUUACAGCACCCAAGCCCGCACCAUCAGCAAUUGAAGGCAAUUUCGACAACAUCAUGUCUGCGGCAGCAGCAGCUCGCGCCAUACUCCCAAUGGCAGAUGACUACGGCGCUUUCCUUGUCGCAUGCUACAGCGACCACGCACUGGUCAAAAUGCUCAGGGAAGAAUUGACGCAGCCUGUCGUCGGCAUCAUGGAAGCCUCGCUCUAUGCUGCCCGGACGCUCGGCAGCCGCUUUGGCAUCAUUGCUACGUCGCAGCGCUCGGGAUACACCUUGGCAGAGGCCGUCAGAAGCUACGGGUUAGAUGAUUUCUGUGCAGGAGUACGGAGCUGCAACCUGGGUGUUUUAGAGCUGGAGUCUAAGCCCGAGAAGGAGGUGCUAGAUAUCAUGUGUCGUGUUGGCAUGAAGCUUGUGGCAGAUGGUGCCGAUGUACUCGCGCUGGGAUGUGCAGGUAUGACGAACAUGAAGGCUGCCGUGGAGAAAGCCGUGGGUGGUGAUGUACAAGUGGUGGAUGGCGUGCUGGCUGGAGUGCACCAUCUUGUCGCUCUUUGCAGAUUGGGCAUGCGGACGGCUGAGAGGGGCAUGUAUGCUAGUUCUUCUGCAGCUCGUGGGCGGAGAGGCCAGGAUUGGUAUUAG